AAGUGUUACUAAACCUACAACAGUAAAAUCAGUCUGUAUAUGCAGUAAAUCAUGCUUGUUAUACUCACUGUGGAACCUAAGGGGUUAAUCCUCUGCACUGUGUAAAAAGGCUGAUCGAUCCUUUCUUCUCUGUUCCUCCCCUUUUUCAAUGCACCCUUCUUAUCUCCAGAUAAGACAUAUCGUGUGGAGACACUGCACAUGCUCAGUUUGGUGUGUAUUGCUAAAGAGGUUUUUGUUUUUUGGGAGAGUGCAUGUGAUCAGCACAGGGCCAAUCAGCACUGUCCAGAGGUCAGGG